ACAAGAAGAUGAAGCUAACAUUAUUUUCAAAGCUGCUUCUUCUCUCCCUUUUGGCAUCACUUAACUUUAUUGAGGCCAACCAAGCUGAUAAUCUUCAAAGGCUGAUUAAGUCUAAAAGAUGGAGAAACUCUUUUCAGGCAAAUUCUCAAGAGGAAUCAAGUGUAAAACAAGAGUAUAGUCCUGUGUAUAUUGGGACUCAGGAUGGUUCAAUGGAACUUGACAAGAUUACUACAUUGCCUGGCCAACCUAAUGGUAUAAACUUUAGUCAGUACUCAGGUUAUGUGACGGUUGAUCCUCAGGCUGGAAGAGCAUUGUUUUACUAUUUUGUUGAGUCACCUCACAAUUCUUCAACCAAUCCUUUGGUUUUGUGGCUCAAUGGAGGACCUGGAUGUUCGUCUUUUGGGUAUGGGGCUAUGACUGAAUUAGGACCCUUCAGAGUAAAUAGUGAUGGCAAAACACUAUUUCAAAAUGACUAUGCAUGGCACAAUGUGGCAAAUGUAAUCUUCUUGGAAUCUCCAGCUGGGGUAGGCUUUUCAUAUUCAAAUACAUCUUCAGACUAUGACCACUCAGGUGAUAAUACAACUGCAGUUGAUGCCUAUACAUUUCUUGUCAACUGGCUGGAGAGGUUCCCUCAAUAUAAAACAAGGGAUUUUUUCAUAACUGGAGAGAGCUACGCUGGUCACUAUGUCCCUCAGCUUGCAAACACCAUUCUGCUCCACAAUAAAUACUUAAAUCAAACUGUUAUCAAUCUCAAAGNCGGCAUUAAAUAUAAAGUAUAA